AUGGGGAGAGCCACCAUGCUUCUCAUGGCGCUGGCCCUCGCCACGAUCACCGUCGCCCACGCCGCGCCUCCCGCGCUCCGGCGGAGCCGCUUCCUUGCGGACAAGCUCCCGCCGCCGCUGUCCUACUUCGACUGCGUCAGGAAGCCCCCGUCGGUGUGCCUGGAGCCCUUGAGCCCCGGGAAGACGUGCUGCAAGGGCACCUGCACCGACACGGAGUCCAGCGCUGAGCACUGCGGCAACUGCAACAGGAAGUGCAAGUACGGGGACACCUGCUGCGGCGGCAAGUGCGUCGACCUCCUCAAGGACCAGAAGAACUGCGGCGAGUGCUCCAACCAGUGCGCCAACUCCGUCAAGUGCGAGUUCGGCAUGUGCGACUACGCGGGGUGA